AUUUAUUCUGAGGUUAAAAUUCUCCAUCGUUUGACCUCUCAUUCAGGUUUUUUCGUAUAUUUUCCUCUGCUGAAAGGCGUCAAAACUAUCGAGGAGGGAGUCGAUCUGCUGGCCAAUUGGCUAGCUAUACAAUCCCGUUAAAGAACAGUAAAACAAGAAAUCUCAGAAUCGAUCUGUAGCUCGAUGAGAUUCUAACGGUGUGUCAUCUUAGCUUCUGUCAGCAGCCAUUUUUAGUGCGUUGACGACAACGGCAAAAACAGGGCUUUCAGCAAAUGUUGUGAGAAAAUUACAGGGCUUCCAUCAAAUUAAACGAAAGCCUAUAUUUUUUAUGGAGCUUUAAUAUUAUUCAGGGUUUUGGCAAGUACAUUUUUCUGAGUUUGCUAUUAGGGGAGUAGGGAUGAAUUCGAGAGGGAGAUAUGUCGGCCAGGGUAACGGUGGCACAAUUCCCAACGGCAGGGCGGGGCAGUUUAAUUCGGAGCAAUAUGGUGCGCAGAAAAGUGCGCACCAACAGUAUGUACAAAGAAACAGUAAUAAUGGCAGUAGUAGUAGUAAUAAUUAUAUUAAGCACAAUAAUCAUCAGCAGCAGUGGAUUAGUAGAAGUCAGAUGCAGCCCAACAAAGAUGCAGCAGUGGAUAGCAACGAAGAGGAGAAGAGGAUUCAGUCUGCAGAUGGCGAUUCCAGUACAAAUGACUGGAAGGCCCAGCUCAAAAUUCCUCCUGCUGAUUCUCGUUACAGGACCGAGGAUGUAACUGCUACCAAGGGAAAUGAAUUUGAAGACUAUUUUCUUAAGCGAGAGCUACUUAUGGGCAUAUAUGAGAAGGGAUUUGAAAGGCCUUCUCCAAUUCAGGAAGAAAGUAUCCCAAUAGCUUUAACUGGAAGUGAUAUACUAGCAAGAGCAAAGAAUGGGACUGGAAAAACAGCUGCCUUUUGCAUCCCUGCCUUAGAGAAGAUAGAUCAGAAUAAAAAUUCUAUACAAGCUCUCCUAUUGGUUCCGACAAGAGAGUUGGCACUUCAAACAUCGCAAGUAUGCAAAGAGCUUGCCAAGCAUUUGAAAAUCCAAAUAAUGGUUACUACAGGAGGAACUAGUUUAAAAGAUGAUAUCAUGCGGUUGUACCAGUCAGUACAUCUACUAGUUGGAACACCAGGCAGAGUUUUGGAUCUUGUGAGAAAGGGUGUUUGCAACUUGAAAGAUUGUACAAUGCUUGUCAUGGAUGAGGCAGAUAAACUUCUUUCUCAAGAGUUUCAACCAUUGCUAGAGCAUCUAAUUGCAUUCCUUCCAGAAAAUCGUCAAAUUUUAUUGUAUUCAGCCACAUUUCCUGUGACUGUUAAAUCGUUCAAAGAUAAGUUUCUGCGGAAGCCUUAUGUGAUCAAUCUUAUGGAUGAGCUAACACUUAAAGGUAUUACUCAGUAUUAUGCUUUUGUUGAGGAGAGGCAGAAGGUUCAUUGUCUGAACACACUUUUCUCAAAGCUUCAAAUUAACCAGUCAAUAAUUUUCUGUAAUUCUGUCAAUCGAGUUGAACUUUUGGCCAAGAAGAUCACAGAGCUUGGGUAUUCAUGCUUUUACAUACACGCCAAGAUGCUUCAAUCUCACCGGAACAGAGUCUUUCACGACUUCCGCAAUGGUGCUUGUAGAAACCUUGUCUGUUCAGAUCUUUUUACAAGGGGUAUUGAUAUCCAAGCAGUUAAUGUUGUGAUCAAUUUUGACUUUCCAAAGAAUUCAGAAACCUAUCUACACAGAGUGGGACGCUCUGGGAGAUUUGGUCAUCUGGGGCUUGCUGUAAAUCUUAUAACAUAUGAGGAUCGUUUUAAUUUAUAUAAGAUUGAGCAAGAACUUAACACCGAAAUCCAGCAAAUACCACCACAAAUAGAUCAGGAUGUUUACUGCAGAUGAUCGUCUGUAAGCAGGAGUAUUUGCAAAUAGCCAAAUACUUUAAAUGAGAAAAUAGCAGGCUUUCCAUAUGAUUCCUGUUCAGCUAUAUUCUAUUCGUCUAAUUACUUUCUGCUAUUCCCAAGUACAUUGCACUGCAAUGAGAAAUGUACUUGUAACUUAUCUGUUGUGCAUUAGGAGUCUCUAGAAACUUCAGUCUGAAAAUUGCAUAAGUGUGGCCCUUGUGGCAUUGUUAUGCAUGAAAUGCUACAUGGGGGGACACAAUUGUGUCAUUCUCCUUUUGUAAUUCUUCGGUAUUAACUUUCUUGGCAUUUCUUGUGAUACUCUGUUGAGUAUUUCUGUCUUGCUAAUAUUCUAGGGAGACACUUUGCACUUGGCAAAGUAGUUUUGGGAUAUGAGCUAAGGCAGAUGUCCUCUGAAGUUUGAUGAAAGGCAGAUGUCCCACUCCCUAUUAUUAACAUCACAACUUCUUUUAAGAGAAUUGCUUAGCAUGAAAAAAAAUCUUAUAUGUGCAAAAAUUUGUACUUAGUGUUCUAAAUUUCAGUUUCCCUGAUACUUAAAAGACAAUUUGUGUCAUGUAAAUUUAACCUACUUUUUGCA